GGCAGGUGAGGCGGCCUCUCUGUUCUCCCGCGGGGAGUGUGUGGGUCCACCGGUGCCAGGUGCUCAGACCCGAGGGCAGGGGAGGGCACUGGGCAGCACGGUAGCCCCGGGCGGGGCUCAGCUGCCUGAGGGCUCUCAGGCCUGGCUCUCGGCACCGGUCCCAGCCUCGACUUCCCCUUGAGUCUGCUCCCAGCCAGGCUCCCGCCAGCAGGAGUCCCAGCAGGGCCCCCGCUGGGCCUGGAUGGAGCUUCUCCCGCUGCCCUCCCAGCCCUCGCUGUUACUGCUGCUGCUGGUGCUGGUGCUGCCGCCGCUCCUGACCAGAGGGUCCUGGCAGUGCCCACGCACCCCCUUCGCUGCCUUGCGCAAUUUUGACGUGGAGUACGAGGUGCCCAGCUUCUCGGCCGGAGGUCCAGUACAGGCUGUAACGACCUACGAGGGCGGCGAGGACGGGAGUGCGGUAUUCGUGGCUACACGCAAUCGCCUGUACGUGCUUGGGCCUGGCUUAGAGCCAGUAGAGAGCCUGGCUACGGGUCCUACUGGGGACCCUGGCUGCCAGACAUGUGCAGCCUGUGGCCCGGGCCCCCAUGGCCCACAGGGAGACACAGAUGCACAGGUGCUGGUACUGGAGCCGGCGCUGCCGGCGCUGGUCAGCUGCGGCUCUAGCUUGCAUGGCCGCUGCUUCCUGCACGAGCUUGAGCCGGGAGGGACAGCUUUGCACCUGGCACCGCCAAUCUGCCUCUUCUCCGCCCACCACAACCAACCCGAGGAGUGCCCUGACUGCGUGGCCAGCCCUCUGGGCACCGUUGUGACUGUAGUUGAGCAGGGCCAUGCUUCCUACUUCUACGUGGCAUCCUCACUGGACGAGACUGUGGCAGCGAGCUUCAGCCCGCGCUCAGUGUCCAUCCGGCGCCUCAAGGCCGAUGCCUCCGGAUUCGCACCCGGCUUUGCAGCGCUGUCGGUGCUGCCCCAGUACCUCGCUUCCUACCCUAUCGAGUACGUGUACAGUUUCCGUGCCGGAGCCUUUGUCUAUUUCCUGACCGUGCAGCGGGCCAGCGUGACAGCCGCCCCGGGAGCCUUGCACACGCGCCUGGCACGGCUCAACGCUGCUGAGCCCGAGCUGGGAGACUACCGUGAGCUGGUCCUGGACUGCCGAUUCGCGCCUAAACGCCGGCGCCGCGGGGCCGCCGAGGGAGGACAGCCCUACCCGGUGCUGAGAGCGGCCCACACCGCUCCGGUGGGCAGCCGGUUGGCCACUGAGCUGAGCAUCCGGGAGGGCCAGGAAGUGCUAUUUGGAGUCUUCAGGGCCAGGAGAGACAGCAGCCCCGGUGUGAAUCCCAACUCUGUCGUCUGUGCUUUUCCCAUCGACCUGGUGGACACUGUCAUCGAGCAGGGUGUGAAGCGCUGCUGUGAGUCUCCUGUCCCCCAGGGCAUGCGGCGAGGCCUCGACUUCUUCCAGUCGCAUAGUUUUUGCCCCAACCCGCCUGGCCGGGAGGCCCCCAGCCUCAACACCAGCUGCCAUCACUUCCCUCUGCUGGUCCAUGGGAGCCUGUCACGGGUGGACCUCUUCAACGGGCUCUUAGGACCUGUGCAGGUCACUGCACUGCAUGUGACACGCCUCGACAACGUCACAGUGGCCCACAUGGGCACAGCUGAUGGGCGCAUCCUGCAGGUGGAGCUGGCCAGAUCUCUCAACUAUUUGCUGUAUGUGUCCAACUUCUCACUGGGCUGCUGUGGGCAGCCCAUGAGACCAGAUGUCAGUCGCCUCGGAGACCACCUGUUCUUUGCCUCUGGGGACCAGGUCUUCCAAGUACCUAUCCAGGGUCCCGGCUGCCAUCACUUCCUCACUUGUGGGAGCUGUCUGCGGGCACAGCGUUUCAUGGGCUGUGGCUGGUGUGGGGACACGUGUGGCCGGCAGAAGGAAUGUCCUGGCUCCUGGCAACAGGAUCAUUGCCCACCUGAGCUUACUGAGUUCUACCCACAGAGUGGACCCCGAAGGGGCAGCACAAGGCUGACCCUAUGCGGCUCCAACUUCUACCCACACCCUCCAGAGCCGGUACGUGAAGGUACCCAUCAGGUCACUGUGGGCCAAAGUCCCUGCCGAUUGCUGCCCAAGGACAGUUCAAACCCCAGACCAGUGUUCCAGAAAGACUUUGUAGAGGAGCUUGAGUGUGAGGUGGAGCCCUUGGACAUGCAGCUGGCUGGGCCCGCCAAUAUCAGCCUCACUGUGAGCAACAUGUCUCCAGGCAAGCACUUCCGGGUAGAUGGCACCUCCACGCUGCAAGGCUUCUCUUUCAUGGAGCCAGUGCUGAGAGCAGUAAAACCCCUCUUUGGCCCACGGGCAGGGGGCACCCGCCUCACCCUUGAAGGCGAGGGCCUCUCUUUAGGCACCAGUCAGGCUGUGCUGGUCAACGGGACUGAGUGCCCACUGGAACGGGUUAGCGAGGGACAGCUUUUAUGUACCACGCCCCCUGCGGCAGCUACGGCCAGCGUUCCCAUUCACCUGCAGGUAGGGGGCGCUGUGGUGCCUGGCUCCUGGAACUUCAGCUACCUGGAAGACCCCGUUGUGCUGGGCAUCAGCCCCAACUGUGGCUACAUAGGCUCCCAGGUCACUGUCCAGGGCCAGCAUCUGACUUCCGCAUGGCGCCUAGUGCUGUCAUUCCAUGAUGGGCUCAGAGCAGUGGAAAACAGUCAGUGUGAGCGGCAGCUCUCGGAGCAGCAGUCAUGCCGCCUGCCUGAAUAUGUGGUCCGAAGCCCCCAGGGGUGGGUGACAGGGAACCUGAGCGCCCAGGGGGAUGGAGCUGCUGGCUUUAUACUGCCUGGCUUUCGCUUCCUGCCCCCACCCCAUCCACCCAGCACCGACCUGGCCCCACUGAAGCCAGAGGAGCAUGCUGUUAAGUUUGAGUAUAUUGGGCUGGGCGCUGUGGCUGAUUGUGUGGAUGUGAACGUGACCAUGGAUGGUAAGAGCUGCCAACAUGAGCUCCGGGGCGAUGUGGUCAUCUGCCCUCUGCCCCCCUCCCUGCAACUUGACAAGGAUGGCGUCCCACUGCAGGUCUGCGUGGAUGGUGAAUGUCACAUCCUGGGCAGGGUGGUACGGCCGGGCCCAGAGGGGGUUCCCCAGGGGCUACUCCUCGGUCUCCUGCUGGCCCUUCUCCUGCUUGUGGCUGCGCUGGCUGCUGCACUGAUCUUCAGCUACUGGCGGAGGAAACAGCUAGGUGACCUGGCAUCCUUGGACCGGACGGCCGGAGCCAUGCCUCUACCUGUGCUUCGGUCUGGCUCUGACUACAGAAAUGGCCUUGCAGCCCCUGAUGCCGAUGGUCUGGAUGGUCCAGAUUCCACCAGCCGGGAACAUAAAGCAUCCUCCUCAGACAGUGGGGAUGGGUCCUGCGUCCCACUGCUGCGGACGGCAUCCAUCCAGCUUGGGGACUUGGACUCUGCGCUCCUGGCCGAGGUCAAGGAUGUGCUGAUCCCCCAUGAGCGGGUGGUCACCCACAGUGACCGAGUCAUUGGCAAAGGCCACUUUGGAGUUGUCUAUCAUGGAGAAUACAUAGACGAGGACCAGAAUCGAAUCCACUGUGCCAUCAAGUCGCUAAGUCGCAUCACGGAGGGGCAGGAGGUGGAGGCCUUCCUGCGCGAGGGGCUGCUGAUGCGCGGUCUGCGUCACCCGAACGUGCUGGCUCUCAUUGGCAUCGUGCUGCCCCCGGAAGGGCUGCCCCGUGUGCUGCUGCCCUACAUGCGCCACGGAGACCUGCUUCGGUUCAUCCGCUCGCCCCAGCGGAAUCCCACAGUGAAGGACCUUGUCAGCUUCGGCCUUCAGGUGGCCCGCGGCAUGGAGUACCUGGCAGAGCAGAAGUUUGUGCACAGGGACCUGGCUGCUCGGAACUGCAUGCUGGACGAGUCAUUCACUGUCAAGGUGGCUGAUUUUGGCCUGGCCCGCGACGUGCUGGACAAGGAGUACUACAGUGUUCGGCAGCAUCGCCACGCUCGCCUCCCUGUCAAAUGGAUGGCGCUGGAGAGCCUGCAGACCUACAGAUUCACCACCAAGUCUGACGUGUGGUCAUUUGGUGUGCUGUUGUGGGAGCUGCUGACACGGGGAGCCCCACCAUACCCCCAUAUGGACCCUUUCGACCUCACUCAAUUCCUGGCCCAGGGUCGGCGCCUGCCCCAGCCUGAGUAUUGUCCCAAUUCUCUGUAUGCCGUGAUGCUCCGCUGCUGGGCGGCUGACCCCACAGUGAGACCCACGUUCAAGGUGCUGGUGGAGGAAGUAGAGCACGUGGCGGCCAGGCUGCUCGGGGACCAUUACGUGCAGCUGCCUGCAGCCUACGUGAACCUGGGUGCUAGUACCUCAGAUGAGGCCAGCAAGCCCCCAGAACAGUCGCAGACCACGCCCGUGCACAGGAGCACAGCUCGGCCCCGGCCUCUCUCAGAGCCUCCACAGCCCACGUGAUCUCAGCUCUAGGCAGGCCCUAGGGAUAGGACCUGCCUAGCAGCCAGGGAGUUCAUCCCAAACUGCCACUGGGCCAUGCCAGGCCUGGGGCAGCCCAAGCCGGCCUCUGUCCUGUCCCUGCUCCUGAACCUUCAGGGGCGACCUGAGGGAGCAGGGCUCCUUGGCCCCUCACUCCACAGAGGGAGCAGUGGCGUGAUCCUCAAUGCAAUGAGUAUUUAUGGGAUACCCAGCGUGUGCUCGACCUGCUGGGCACAGGGGACUCAACGGUGACCGUACAGGCACUGGCCCUUGAACUAGUAAACGACCAAACGAA